AUGACAGACGAGGGCUCCGGUCCAGGUGCAUGCACCGUCCCGCCCCUCCGCUCUCCACUUUCCUCUGCAACCGCGCCUCCCCUGCUACUACUGUACUACCCAAGCGAAGCCAAAGGCAGCCUUCACCUGUACGCGGCGCCCAAUCUAGUCCAACCCCUCCACCGGCGCCAGAUCGCGGAGGACCCUGCCGUCUCCCGCCCAUUCUCCGAUUCCAGAUCAAACAAUGAACUGCAGGAGUUGUGGCCAGUUGGUGAGAUAGACCCAAAGAGAGGGCGAUUCCCAUGUUGCAUUGUCUGGACUCCUCUUCCUAUAGUUUCAUGGCUUGCUCCUUACAUAGGGCAUGUUGGAAUCUGUCAGGAGGAUGGAUCUGUCCUGGAUUUUGCUGGUUCAAAUUUAGUGAGCAUGGAUAAUUUUGCAUAUGGUUCUGUCUCUAGAUACCUCCAGCUGGACAGAAAUAAGUGCUGCUUUCCUGCUAAUCUGGCGGCACAUGUAUGCGAGUGGCCGUACAAACACACAGAAGUUGGAACAGCAACAUCAUGGGAUGGAGCCCUGCAACUGGGCACGAGACAUUUCCAGCACAAAUACUACAACCUGUUCACCUGCAACUGCUACUCAUUCGUGGCGAACUGCCUGAACCGGCUUGCCCACGGUGGUUCGGCGGAGUGGAAUGUUUUGAACGUGGCAGCUCUUGUUUGGCUGCACGGCGAGUGGGUGGACAAAAUGUCUAUCGUUCGGUCAUUCGCGCCAUUCGUAACUGUGACGUGCAUUGGUAUUUUUAUGGCCGGCUGGUCUUUCCUAAUAGGGAUAUUGGCAUUCUGUUUGCUUCUGAUAGGGUGGUUUGUCUUUGCUGUAUACUGCACGAAAGGUUUGGUGUGCUGA